CACUCAUAUCAGCUGCUCUGCAGCUCGUGCCCAUCAUUAUCAGUUCUCUCUUCACAGCAGGUUAAAUCACUGUACUGUUGGAGUAACUGAAUAACUCCGGAAUGUUGGUUUAUUUCGAGAGGUAGUGUCAGGCACGUCAAAAAGUGAGUAACUUUAGUAAUUUGUGGAUUCAUGUUUGCUACUGGAGAUGCGAACUGUUUGGAACGAUUCAGACCGAUUUGGUGAACUGGUUCAACGGAGUGGAGCUCCACUGAGACUGUGGGGAGAUAGCCUUCUCCAACUUUUUGCUGCCAGCUCUCGAUUUUUCGCUGUGAACACUGACCAAUGUUUUGUGAAAGAAACGGACGUUACUAAAGCCUAACAGCUGUUUGUUUGUCAAAGAAUGGAAAUAUCUGCAAGAUGCUUGUGGAAAAACAACCUGCACAAGAUCUGAUUUUUGAACUACUGUCUUCAUGUCUCUCAGUUUUCAACAAAAUCCCCCUAUACUGUCAGCUGCUGUAAAAUCAUCCAUCAGAUCUACUAAUGUCACAGCAAGUUGAGGAAAUGUUUCUUCACUGCUCAUAUUAGCUGAUGAGACUCCACUGACAUUUAUGUGACAUGUUCACUUUGAAGAUUAUUGUUCUCUUUACUGUUAUUGUUCCACUUCACUAUGAACUUUGCUGGUGUCGAUGUGUUGAUGCUGAAUAUGAGAUGGAUGGGCAAUGCUGCCCAAUGUGUGCUGCUGGAAAUCAUGUUUCUAGCCACUGCACAGAUGACACCAGCACAACUUGUGGUCCAUGCCCUAAAUUCACUUACAUUGAUGAACCCAGCGGCUUAACAAAAUGCUUUGCCUGUACUGUGUGUGAUGCAAGUCGAGGGUUAAGAGUGAAUAAAGCCUGUACUCGAGGGUCAGAUACUGUUUGUGAGCCACUGGAACAAUUCUACUGCACUGAACGAAUUAAAGGUAGCUGUAGAAACGCUGAGAAACACUCUGAAUGCAGCCCUGGACAAUAUAUCAAACAAGCAGGAACUCCCUCCACAGAUACAGUAUGUGCGGAUUGUGAAGCUGACACAUAUUCAGACGGCUCUUUUUCAUCCUGUUUACCACACACACAAUGUGAAGCUCUGGGACUUACUGAAACAACUCCAGGAACACGAUCAUCUGACCGUGAAUGUGGAAAUACUACUGCACGCAUUGCUAUUGGUGUUACAGUUACUUUAAUAAUAAUAAUAAUUGCAGUAGUAAGUUUUACAAUUGUACUUAUUCGAAAGAAGAAACGAUCUGGUAGAGGAAAACAUGCAGGAACACAGGAAAUGGGAAAUGAUUCCAAGGAAAGAGUCAGUAUGGCUGAUGAUGGCUGUAUAAAUUCUGAGCCAAACAGAUUGGAAUAAGAAGUCCUAACAAAUGAGCAAUCACUAUCGAUUCCAGUCUAGAGACUCCUCAGAAAUGUCUCCAUCAGGGAGAAAAUCAAGUGAGCUAAACCUGAAAUUCCAAUGCAGCAAAAACUAGAUAAAAACAAACAUUAUUAUCUUGACAUUAGAAUUACAUCUUUAUUAUUUAUGUUAUCAAUUAGUGGACAGAAAUGGAUAGUAUUAGUGGUCAAGCUGCAUUUUUCUCACUGAUGCUCUCAGAAUAUACAUUCAGCAAAUGUCUACAUAAUACAGAAGUAAAAUGAUAAGUUACAGAAGUCAGAUAAUUCCCAACACAUAGAAACUCUUCCACCUAGAUAUUAUCACUGUGUCUGCACCCCUAAUUAGUAAAAACAAAAAACUUCAUAACCCAUUUCAGGGUUAGGCUGCAUAAAU